CGUAUGUUGAGUGCUGCUCCGAGCAUCCCGAGCCCGACCGCCAGCGGCGGCAACCAGUUGCACUCUUCUCGUCAGCUCACCAGCGAUCUCUCAAAAGCAACCUGUACGCACUCGCAGCAAACAGUCGACAGCGCAGUUUGCCCGCUCGAGAGCCCCAGACAGAGCACGAUGUCUUCCUCGUCCGUUACGAGCGCUGUCUCCGCGCUGGAGGAGAGCAGCCUGAUGGGCAGCAUCUCUUCCUUCAUCUCGUCCUUCUUCCCAGUCGCGCACGCUGAGGAGGGAGAGGGGGAGGAUGGAGACUCUGGAGAGGAAGAGGAGGAUGAUGACGAGCCGGAAGACCCACAAGAGACCAUCUACGCCGAUUGCGAAAACUCAAAGGCUUGCGCACCAGCAAAGCAUCACUUUGAUGCGUGCCAAUCACGAGUCCAGGAGGGCAAGGGAUUCAAGGGCGAGGACUGCAUCGAGGAAUUCUUCCACCUUGCCCACUGCGCAUCAGAGUGCACAGCGCCGAAGCUGUUCAAGAGGCUCGUCUAGGCGUCCAUAUACACCAUCGUAUGGUUAGGCUCGCACCAGAGAUGGCAGGGAACGCGCAUGCGCAAAGGUCCGGUUGGACGCAAUGCAUUGCAUGUAGUUGGCGAAAGUGCAACCUCAGAUUCAAAUCACAAAUGAUCUAUCUCGGC